UCAACAAAGAACAAAGAGUUCAUAGCGAAGCAAAACUCAAAGCAGAGUAAAGGAAGUGAAGAAAUGUCUCUAAUUCCGAGCAUUUUUGGAGGUCGACGAACGAAUGUGUUUGAUCCAUUUUCACUUGACGUAUGGGAUCCAUUCCAAGGAUUGGCAAACACACCGGCUAAGGACGACGUGGCAGCGUUCACAAACGCUAAAGUAGAUUGGAGGGAGACACCUGAGGCGCACGUGUUCAAGGCAGACUUACCGGGGCUGAAGAAGGAAGAUGUGAAGGUGGAGGUUGAAGAUGGCAAUAUUUUACAGAUAAGUGGAGAGAGGAGCAGUGAGAAUGAAGAGAAGAAUGAUAAGUGGCACCGUGUAGAGAGGUCGAGUGGGAAGUUCAUGAGGAGGUUUAGGUUGCCGGAGAAUGCGAAGAUGGAGGAAGUAAAGGCUAGUAUGGAGGAUGGUGUCUUGUCAGUUACGGUGCCGAAAGUGCCAGAGAGGAAGCCUGAGGUUAAGUCCAUUGAUAUCUCUGUCGUGCGUUGUUUCACUUCUCUCAAGCCUCUGCGUCGUCUAUCUUUCCCUGUCUCUGCCUCAGCAAUGGAGAGUGAUGCUUCUUGUAACUUGGUUUUGUAUGGGAAGUCCUCUGUGGAAACUGAGAUAGCAAAGUGUUUGAAGAACAAGAACUCACUUACACUCGCGGAUAAUACCAAAGUUUCACUCUUUUUAGAAUCUGAGGCUAAGCAUUUGGUUAAAGAUGAUGAUUCCUUCAAUCUUUUACUCUUUAUGAACUCGAUUAUAACUCAUCGGUUUGGGCGGUUUCUCAUUUGGUCUCCGCGCUUGUCUUCCACUCAUGAUGUUGUUUCUCAUAAUUUCUCUGAGCUUCCAGUUGGUUCAGUUUGUGUCACGGAUAUCCAGUUUAAAGGUCGAGGCAGAACAAAGAAUGUAUGGGAAUCUCCAAAGGGUUGUCUUAUGUAUUCUUUUACUCUAGAAAUGGAAGAUGGUCGAAUCGUGCCUUUGAUACAGUAUGUGGUAUCUCUUGCUGUAACUGAGGCAGUGAAAGAUGAAUGUGACAAGAAGGGUUUGCCGUACAUUGAUGUUAAAAUUAAGUGGCCAAAUGAUCUCUACUUGAAUGGUCUUAAGGUUGGAGGCAUUUUGUGUACCUCUACGUAUAGAUCAAAGAAGUUCCAUGUCAGUGUUGGUGUGGGGUUGAAUGUGGACAACGAGCAACCGACGACGUGUUUAAAUGCAGUACUAAAAGGCAUGUCUCCUGAAUCAACCCUUCUUAAAAGAGAGGAAAUCCUUGGUGCCUUCUUUCAUAAAUUUGAAAAAUUCUUUGAUCUAUUCAUGGACCAAGGUUUUAAAUCUCUCGAGGAGCUUUAUUACAGGACAUGGCUACACAGCGAGCAAAGAGUGAUUGUUGAAGAAAAAGUACAGGACCAAGUUGUUCAAAAUGUUGUGACCAUCCAAGGUUUAACAUCUUCGGGAUAUUUGCUAGCUAUUGGAGAUGACAAUCAAAUGUAUGAGCUUCACCCUGAUGGCAACAGUUUUGACUUUUUCAAAGGUCUGGUUCGAAGAAAAAUAUGAUCCAAAGAUUUUCUUGCUGGUGGAAGUAGCUGGUGUGUGUUUACUGUUUAGUACCAUGGACACAACUAUUAACAGUUUCGAUUUUCCAAAAUAAACGAAAUGCUUUUUA